CACUAUAUUGAAAUUAUUCCUUUUUCCACUUGUAUUUGCUAAUAUCAAUUAAUUUAGCACAAAUAGAGAUGCUGACUUCUUUUGGGCUUUACCUCUUUCUCCGGUUCUAUUUUGGGCUUUACCUCUUUCUUUUUUUUUUCCGAUGAAUUACCUCUUUCUUUUUGGUAUAAAAACAAAUUCGCUUUAUGUUCAGUCUGUUUGGGAAAACCCAUCUCCUUCAAACCAUUCUUUUCUGUUCUCUCCCAAAGUAUCGACGUUGCCUGAAGAGUUGGGAGAUUCUAAUCUGAGGUGAGUAACGCCAUCGCAUUCACUCCAGGAGGACAUCGCAUGCAGGUUAGUAACGCCAUCGUUCCAAAACCUCCAGUUCCUCUUCGAUUUGUACCGUAGUUGAAAUUCCAAUCUGAGUGGCGAAUCGUAUCUUCUUCUUUUCAAAACUCGAUCUAUCUGAGCGAAGACUCUAAUUCCUCUCGUCAUACUUCUUAUUAGAGUUCAGAUCGGUGAGCGGCUUGAAUCGCAUCUCCUUUUGGUUGAAUAUACUCAGAUUCGGUGAUUACUUCACUUUAUCGUCUUCGGUGAUUAUUUGCCUGGAUCGAUUUGUCUCACGGCGAGCCAUUAUUGUAUGGUCGUCUUCGUAUAUAUGUUUGUAUGUAUCCUCUGUAAUUGGCUUCCCCGUAGGGAUUAUUUGACGAUAGAGUUUGGUCCAAAGACUUAUGAGCGAGUUGAUGGCUCUGUUUCUGUUUCUGAUCGUCAAACUGCAAUUGCAUGAUUCAACCAAGACAAAAGUCGAUUCGUUAUCAACACGAUCUUGUGGCCUUGGCAUCAAUUUAGCUACUGCUGACACAGUUAUUCUGUAUGCUAGCUUAACUAAGGCUUCUCGUGAGGAGACAACGGAGGAAGCUCUUGAUCUUGCUGUUCAACGUGCCAAGUCGAAGGGGCUGUGCAAGACAGGGGAUUUUGUUGUAGCUCUCCACUAGGUCAGCACAGCUUCAGUGAUCAAGAUCAAAACGGUCAAGUAAGUGGUUUUAGUUACUUGGUACAGAGAGCAGCAGAUACGGCUAAUAAUUUGGGUUCAAGCAGUUGAGAAUUCAUUUGGAGUUUCUGGUGCUUCUAACAAUUUAGAGUUAAAGGAACAUGGAUAGUUUGCUACAUUAGUUUCGAAAUGCAUGUAGUUUAGUAGUUGAACUUAUCUAUUAUUGCGGUAACUCAAUGAGAUAGAUAACCAUGUUUGGUCAAAUUGAACUAUGAACUGUUCCCGUUUAUGUCCUUUUAAUCUAAUCCAACUUUUGUUUCGAUUCGAUUAAUUCAACAUAGGCACCAAUAUAAUUAGAGUGAAUAGAUGAUUUUGUGGGUCUGCUAAUAUAUGAUGAUGAGAGAGCUGCAGGUAGUAGGUUGAGAUUUUGCAAAGGCAUUUUGCAGCUGUCUGUGGGUUCCAGGAUUUUUGGUAUGGAUAGGGCAGCUCUUACUUUGUUUAUCAUUUGGGACCAGAGUGGGCUGCUGUUGCUUUAGGUUUUUAUUGUUUUACUGCUGCAGUUGUUCUAAACCACGAAUGAUGUGCAGACUUGUUUUCUAUGAUCAGGGAGGAUGGUAUUCUUAACUCAUGGAUGUGGUCAACUGAGGUUACCAAUUUUGGUCACUUAAUGAUCAUUACAUUAGCUAUGAAGAAAAGUUUUGUACCCAAAUUCUUUGGUUUUAAAUAAUUGCUUUUGUGACUUAAUCAUUUGGUUGGUAAAUUAUAUAUGAAUUGGUUGGUUUUCAUGUUAUUUGUGACCAAUCGGGUAUUCUUUUGUGACUAUUUUGACAGUUUUUUUGUUACCAAUUGUCUUGGUUGCAAAUAAAAAAAAAUUGUGACCAAUUGCGACUUUCGUCACAAAAAUACGAUGUAUUGUGACCAAUUUGGUAGAAGCUUUGGCAAUAUUUGCCGCGUUAGGAAAACCAUUUUGUGACCAAAAAAUUUGGUCACAAAAUGGUUUUCCUAACGCGGCAAAUAUUGCCAAAGCUUCUACCAAAUUUUUUUGGUCACAACAUAGAAUUCGCGACAAAAAUUUCACAUUUAGCGACCGUUUUUAUUCGUCACAAAAGGCAGUUUCUGUUGUAGUGGCGACACUUUGAAUAAGCUCUGGGGUGUUCUUUUCAUGGAGCUCUCUUUCUGCUACACUGUUGCAACGAACGGUUCUGAAAAUAGAUAGAAUCCUGUAAAAGCCAAACCAAAAGGAAGAAGAUGGAAAAAAAGAGAAAGAGAAUAAUUAAGUAAGUCGAGGCCCACAAAAUCACUAUAAUUACAUUAGACCGCCAAUGUUUUUGUUUUACCUUUAAUUUCAUCGUAUUUAUUCUUAAUACUUUAUACAAUAACGAGCAAGAACUAAUUUCAUGAAAUGCUAAAUUAACUGAUCACUGGCAUGGUGAAAAUUUACGGCAUUUAACCUGCGGGAUUAAUUUUCAUUUUGUAAAACAAAGGCUUUCGUCUCUGUCUUCUUUUCGAUCCAAAAGUCGGAGAGCAAAAUAAUUUAUCAUCUCCACGAAACAACUGUACAUAUCCAUAAUCUAUGUGGAGAACAGAGGAUUCGUUUGGUGGAAGGUCGCAAUGCUUCACGCCUUUGAACGAUGAAAUUUUUUGUGGAUGACCAUUGACCACAACAAAAACGCACCAACCCGCAGUGGGGUUAGUGGAUAACCACUAACUGCGGCUGAGUGGUUUGUAGUUAGUAUAAUCAUGACUUCCCUAGUUGUAGUUAGCCACAAAAUGCGGAGUGGGUAUUCACACCCACCUCAAUUUCCACAGUGUUAGCAUGCUAUCAUUUCCCCUCAUGAGUACAAUGCUUCAUAUUAUUGGUGUUUUUGUUUAAAAAAAAGUAUGAUACAGGUUGAGUAUGUAGCUUUAAUGUUAUGGUACAAAUUCAUUUUAUACCCAACGCAGUUAAAAUCGCUCUUUAAAACUUAUAAGCUUACGGUUUUACGCUUCUAGGUUACAAAAACGCUUUUGUGUUCAUAAAAAAUAUUUUGUGUAUAAAAUCGGACUAAAUUGCACUUUAAAGU